AUGGCAGCUCAACAGAAGAUUGGUGAUUACGAGAUCGAGAGGGUGGUCGGCAGCGGUUCCUUCGGGAAGGCAGUUCUAGUCAAGGAUAAAAGCGGCCACAGGUUGAUUAUGAAAUUGAUCAAUACAACUCGAAUGAGUCCUGCAGAAGUCGAGGAAGCCAAAAAUGAGGUUCAGGUUUUGACGAAGCUCGUGGAUUCACCAUUCACUGUAUCCUACAAAGGUGCAUUCACAUCCACGUAUCUCCGCGUUCCUCACCUCUGCAUCGUCAUGGAAUACUGCGCAGGGGGAGACCUUGGGAAGCUCAUAAAAGACCGGAAAAGGCAAGCCAAGCCGUUCAGUGACACGACCCUCCGGACGUGGCUCUUGCAACUGACCCUGUCUCUGCAUUUCAUGCACAAGCACAAAAUUCUCCAUCGUGACCUCAAGCCCGCGAACGUCUUCCUGGACCAGGACAACUACAUUCGAGUCGGUGACCUAGGGCUAUCAAAAAUUCUCGAGUUCACACUUCAACAGGCGAAGACGCAAUGCGGAACUCCGGCCUUCAUGGCCCCUGAACUCUGCCAGGUGCAUUCCAUCAGGGGGGCAGCGGGGACCGGCAAGCCGUACCAGACGCCGGCGGAUAUUUGGGCUCUUGGGUGCAUUAUGGUGGAGGCCGCUACAUUUGAACUACCUUUCAGGGGAAUAACAUUCCCGGAAUUGAAUAGGAAUAUAUGCCAUGCUCCAGCCCCUAAACUUCCAACACGAUACUCGCUUGACUUGAGAACUAUUUGCGAGGCAAUGUUAGCUAAGGACCCGAAGAAAAGGCCGACGACGGAAGAUAUUCUGAACUCCCCCGCAAUACGAGUAAAUGCGCCGUGCUAG